CCCUCCCACAGACCGAUGGCACACACCGACGCCGGAGUUUCUAUCUCCGGCAAGAAAACAAAGAAGCUCUUCCUCUUAGCUCUCUCCGCCACGCUUCUCCUGGCCGCCGUCAUCGGCAUUGUCGCCGGAGUACUCAAUGCCAGCCAUAAGGAGAAUGCCGAGCAGGCGGCGGUGGUGAGAAACUCGUGCGCCGUGACUCUGUAUCCCGAACUCUGCCACUCGACGAUUUCCUCAGCCGUGGCAAAAACUCCGGCGAAGGUUUCAAGCCCCAAAGACGUAAUCCAAGUGUCGCUGAACAUCACAAUCAGCGCCGUGAAGCAUAACUACAACAGCAUCAAGAAGCUCACGAAGCUGAGGAAUCUUUCCAAGCGAGAGAAGAUGGCUCUCCACGACUGCCUCGAGACCGCCGACGAGACGCUGAACGAGCUCUAUGAGGUCGUCGAUAAUCUCCACGACUACCCCAAGAAGAAAUCUCUGUCCAAACACGCCGACGACCUCAAAACUUUGCUCAGUUCCGCCAUCACUAAUCAGGAGACUUGUCUGGACGGAUUCUCACACGACAAAGCCGACAAGAGGGUGAGAAAGUCGUUAGAAGCAGGGCAGGUUCACGUCGAGAAGUUGUGCAGCAUUGCAUUGGCGCUGAUCAAGAAUCUCACCGACACCGACAUUGCAAAUCACAACAUCAACAGGAAGCAGCUCAUGGAGGACAACGUCGACGGCGAUGCAAUUAAUUGGCCGGAUUGGAUGUCCGCCGCUGACAGGAGGCUCUUGCAGGCCUCGUGGUCGGCGACGCCGGACGCGGUGGUGGCAGCCGAUGGGAGUGGGGAUUUCCGGACGGUAUCGGCGGCGGUUGCGGCUGCGCCGGCCAAGAGUAGUCGGAGAUAUAUAAUAAGGAUCAAGGCGGGGGUAUAUAGGGAAAAUGUGAAUGUGCCGAGUAACAAGAGGAAUAUAAUGUUUUGGGGAGAUGGAAGAACCACCACCAUUAUCACCGGAAACAGAAAUGUCGUCGACGGCAGCACCACCUUCAACUCCGCCACCGUUGCGGCGGUGGGAGGAGGGUUCUUGGCGAGAGACAUUACCUUCCAGAACACUGCCGGACCGUCGAAGCACCAAGCGGUGGCUCUUCGCGUCGGCUCUGAUCUCUCCGCCUUUUACCGCUGCGACAUGCUCGCCUACCAAGACACUCUCU